AUGCAGCUCUUUCCGGAUCUGGAAAAAUCAGUUUUUAUUAUGAACAACGAAAAUAAGGUAUUGCAGAUAUCUCUAACAAUUUUUGGAGUGGCUAGUGGGCCUGUUCUUGCUAUUUUCUGCUUGGGAAUAUUUUUCCCAUUCGUCAGGAAACAAGCAGCCUUUAUUGGUCAACUCUCCUCAACAUUUUUCUGCCUAUUCAUUGCUUUUGGAUCAAUUUUUGAGGGUGUAAGACCUGUUCCACUGCCCCUGGAUCGCAGUUGUGGUUCAACUAACAUUUCUACUGUUAUUUUCAAUGCAAGUGAUCCUCACUAUGGUAUGGUAGAACCAUUAGACAGCAAUUCAUACUUUGUUCAGCUUUUUCGUGUUUCAUACCAAUAUUACAUUACAAUUGCUAUUUUAGUAGCAUUUUUGGUUUCUUCAAUAGCUGAAUGCACAAUUCGACUAAUUUGGGGUGAAAAUUUUCAAUUAUGA